UUAAAGUUUCAUGUGUAACGUUUGGUUAAUAUUUGAGUGAAUUUGUGUUUUGAUUGUGUUAUCAACUUUAAGAAAAAACUACUACGAGACAGAAAAAGUUUGGAGUAAAAGAGGAUUACCUGAACAUCACUGAAAUAACGAUGGCGACGGAGAAAGCAGAUACCUACAAAUCUAUAGACCAGCUGUACGCAGGAAAAUCAGUAUUCGUUACAGGGGGGACAGGAUUCUUAGGGAAGGUAUUUCUGGAGAAGUUAUUGUACAGUUGUCCGAACAUUGAUAAAAUAUAUGUUCUGAUGAGAGAAAAGAACAAAUGGGACAUUUCUGAACGGAUCAAACAAAUGUUAGAACUUCCGAUGUUCCAAAGACUAAAGAGGGAGAGACCGGAAGAUCUUAAGAAAAUUAUCGCCAUACCUGGGAAUGUCACUUUACCGAAUCUUGGGAUUAGCGAAGAAAAUAAAAAAGUCUUGAUAAAAAAGGUAUCCCAUGUGUUUCAUUUCGCUGCGAACAUAAAGUUCAAUGAACCGUUGAAAGUAGCUGUAAACGAUAACGUCGAAGGAACUAGAAGAGUUUUGAAUUUGUGCCAUCUUAUGAAAAACAUUGAGGUGUUCGUGUACGUAUCGACUGCUUUCUCCAACACAGAUCAAACAGUUCUCGAAGAAGUCGUGUACCCACCUCCCGCGACCGUUGAAGAAGUCAAAAGGUUGAUAGAAGAUGAUCUUAACGAAGAACAAUCUAAGAAAUUACUAUGCGGCAGACCUAAUACCUAUACAUUUGCUAAAGCGCUUGCAGAAUCUGUUGUGAACGAAGAACACGGGAACAUUCCUACUAUUAUUGUCAGACCAUCUAUUGUAUCCGCGAGUGUAAGCGAUCCAGUAAUGGGUUGGGUGGACAACUGGUUCGGCGCAACAGCUCUUAUGACCACUAUAGCGAAAGGCCUCAAUCGAAUAAUAAUCAGUAAAAGCAGCAAUGUUAUAGAUCUCAUCCCAGUCGAUUAUGUAUCGAAUCUCACGGUUGCUGCUGGAGUCAAAUCUAACAAAUCAAAGGAAGUGAUAGUGUACAACUGCUGCACCAGCGCUGAGAAUCCAUUGACGAUGGGAGAACUCUCCGGACUCAUUACUGAGGAUAGCGUCAAGAAUAAUUUCAGUGAGAUAAUGAAACCGUCAUUGAUAUUCACCCAGUUUGAGUGGCUGUUGAAAAUUAUAACAUUAUUUAUGCAGACGAUACCAGCUUUUGUAGCUGAUUGUUGGUUACGAUUAGCGGGAAAACCACCAAGAUUCAUGAAAAUGCAAAACAGAAUAUCUUUAGUUCGCGACACUCUGCAGUAUUUCACUUCACGGUCUUGGGAAAUGAAAUGUGAUCGUACGAGAGAUCUGUUCGCUUCCCUUUCGGUGAAUGAUCGUCUUGAAUUCCCCUUCGACCCCGCACUUAUCACCUGGUCUAAGUAUAUACCUAUAUACUUUAUAGGUAUAAGAAAAUUUAUGUACAAACAAUAAUUUAAUAACUAAAUAUUGUAUUGUAAACGCAAGAGCGUUUUGAAUGAUCCUAACAUUGCUUAAUUAUUAUUACUGAAGGUAACAUAAGA